GCGGGCCAGGCAGACGGCGGCCGGGCGCGCGUGGAUGACGUCACUCUGCGCGUGCCCGGGUAGCCCGUGGUAACCCCAAGUCUGCGGAAGUGGAGACCGGUGGGCAGGCGGCUGAGACAGGGGACUGAAAGUUGUCGAACCGUAAUUUGUGACACCAGGUGUUUUUUGGUAAGCAGCCAUUUGUGAUUUCGAAAGAUUAAGGCAGAUGGGAAGUCCCUUCUGAGAUUUUAACACAGCUCUUGAACAGCAACCUACACCAUGGACGUAAAGCUGGACCCUUCCCGAGAUGACCUGCCUCUCCUGGCUAACACCGGCCACAUACUUGUGAAGCACUAUGUACUGGAUUUAGAUGUGGAUUUCAAAAGUCAGAUCAUUGAGGGCAGCAUAGUGCUGUUCUUUGAGCCUGGAAACAGAUUCAAGAAACAGAGUAGUUCCAUCGAGGAAACCUGCCAAUCAGAGUCAAAUGAAGCCUGCAAAUUUAGGAUGCCUGAACCCUGCCACAAUCCUGUGACACAUACAAGUACCUUCUCAUCUAAAAUGGGAUAUGAUGGUUUUUCAGUCUGUGGUAAAGGUGUAAAAGAUACUUCUGGUAAAGAUGGUAACCAUGACAACUGGGAACAGGCUUCUGGGAUUUCUAGUUCAAAGUACUGCUGUGACACAGGGAAUCAUGGGAGUGAGGAUUUUUUGCUAGUGUUGGACUGCUGUGAUUUGUCCGUGUUAAAGGUUGAGGAGGUGGAUGUUGCCGCUGUGCCAGGUAUUGAAAAAUUUGCAAGGUCUCCCACGCUCACGGUUGUUUCUGAGGAGCUCAGGAAUCAGAUUAUACGGGAACUUGUGACUCUGCCUGCAGAUCGUUGGAGGGAGCAGUUAGACUAUUAUGCUCGCUGCAGCCAGGCUCCUGGCUGUGGGGAACUCCUGUUUGACACUGACACUUGGAGCUUACAGAUCAGGAAGACAGGGACUCAGGCAGCUACUGACUUUCCUCACGCCAUAAGGAUACGGUACAGAACCAAACCCCAGGGGCGAUCAGUUACAUGGACUUCAGACCAGAGCGGCAGGCCAUGUGUUUAUACUAUGGGAUCUCCCAUAAACAACAGGGCCCUUUUUCCAUGCCAGGAGCCACCCGUUGCCAUGUCAACAUGGCAGGCUACAGUUCGAGCAGCUGCAUCUUUUGUUGUUUUAAUGAGUGGGGAAAAUUCUGCCAAGCCAACACAGCUUCACGAAGGGUGCUCGAGCUGGCAUUACUACGUAACCAUGCCAAUGCCAGCUUCCACCUUCACCAUUGCAGUGGGAUCCUGGGCAGAAAUGAAGCCAGAGACCUGUUUAUCAAAUGAUCUGGCAACAGAGAGAUCCCUCUCAUCUUCUGAGGCUGAUUUCAGGUAUGUUGGCGUUUGUGGUCACAUGGAAUACCCCUGCCGCUUCCAGAAUGCUUCUGCCACCACCCAGGAGAUCAUUCCUCAUCGGGUUUUUGCCCCAGUGUGCCUCAAGGGUGCCUGCCAAGAGACCCUUCUGCGGCUGAUCCCUCCUUGCCUCUCAGCAGCACACUCUGUCCUGGGAACACACCCGUUCUCCAGGCUGGAUGUACUCAUUGUCCCUGCCAACUUUCCAAGUCUGGGGAUGGCCAGCCCACACAUCAUCUUCCUCUCUCAGAGCACCCUGACAGGCAUGAGCCAUCUCUGUGGGACCCGUCUCUGCCAUGAAAUUGCGCACGCCUGGUUUGGCCUAGCCAUUGGGGCCCGCGACUGGACGGAGGAGUGGCUGAGUGAAGGGUUCGCCACUCACUUGGAAGAUGUGUUCUGGGCCAGAGCACAGCAGCUGGCCCCCCGCGAGGCCCAGGAGCAGCAGGAGCUGAGGGCUUGCCUGCGCUGGCGGCGCCUCCAGGAUGAAGUGCGGAACUCCCCCGAGGAGAUGCAGGUGUUGAGACCCAAUAAAGAGGAAACUGGCUGCGUGAGUGACUCAGGAUCGUCUGUCAUCAAACACGGUCUCAAUCCGGAGAAGGCCUUCAUGCAGGUUCAUUAUUUAAAGGGCUAUUUCCUUCUCCGGUUCCUUGCCAAAAGACUUGGAGAUGACACCUAUUUUUCAUUUUUAAGAAAAUUUGUGCACACAUUCCAUGGGCAGUUGAUUCUUUCCCAGGAUUUCCUUCAAAUGCUGUUGGAGAACAUCCCAGAAGAAAAAAGGCUUGAAUUGUCUGUUGAAAACAUCUUCCGAGACUGGCUCGAGAGUUCUGGAAUACCACAGCAACUUUAUUGGCAUGAAAAUGCACGGAAGGGAGGCCAGAGUCAAGACAUCAGAAGUGGGGACUGAGGCCCUAGGGCAACAAGUGAUGUUGAGAUUGGACUGGAGAGAAGGCCUGCUCCCCUGUGGCCUGUUCCAUGGGGAGAAGUCGCCUCCCCGUCCAGCGGCUCCUCUGGCCUUUUCUCCAGGUACUCCAUCUUCUUUCUCUUGGUGUUCUCUUCCUUCCUCCUCAGUUGUGCGUGCCGUCUCUUUUCAUGUCCCAUGCGGCCAAGCGAGGAUGCGUCCUCUUUAAGACUCUUCUUAGUUGCAGUUAUUACAGAGUUGGCUACUCCGGAGUUCUCACUGGCUCUCUCUUCCUCAAAUUGUACUUCUUCAUCACUGUCCUUGGUUUUGUAAUUGAGGGAUGUCUGCCUGGGUUUUGCAUAAAUGCUUCUAUUGAAUGAAGCUGUAAAUGGGUAAAUCCAAGAAUAUAUAUGUUGUGUAACUCUCUUAGAAUUAUAUUUUUCAUUUAAUCCUUCUCUUUCCCCACCCCCAAGUAUAUGGGGCUAUACUAUUUUCCAUAUUAGAACAUCAGAAUGAAAGAAAAGGCUAUCAUUUUUCUGAGUAAGGUCAAUGCUAAGUGCUUUAUACUUAAUAGCUAUUUAUUUCUUCUGGUCACAGCUCUAUAAGAUAGACAUUAUUGUUAUACCCAUUUUAUAGAUGAGGAAACUGAAAAGCAAGUCUGUCUAAUUGAAAAGUCCAAGUUCUUCAGAUUACAUUGGCUUUAAAUGCAUGUAGCUACUAUUAGGAUUUUAGCAGGGGUUUUUUGCAUCUAACACCUGGUCCUGCUGGUACCUUCAAAGAACAAUGUAGAAAUAUCAAGUUUCAUUUUGUGAUCUUUUUGUAACAAUGGAGGGCUUAUUAUUUUGAGUGAGAUGGGACUAGACACGGAAUGAUCUCCUUUAUAAGAAAGCAUGUAAGAGAGAGAACUUGCUUCCUUGUGUCCACCAGUCCUUCAGAAAGGGACAGCUCCUUGUUUGCAGCGGCUGAGACGUGUUGUGUCUCUGCAGGCUCCAUCCAAUGGCAUCGAUUCUGUGUGGUGGUCACGUCAGGCUUUUAUUAUGAUGUCACAACUCAGUUAUUUUGAGACCUUUGAAAGUUUAGUUAAGUUCAAAAUACCAGACAGGCUUUUGUUGCUGAGGGGAAAGAGGAAGAGAAUUAAAACUUAUUGGUCUACUUUGUGCCUCUUGCUUUGUGUGCUAUGUCAUUUCAUCUUCACCACAGCUCUCACAGAUCUGUGAGGCAGAUAGCAUUAUCUCCAUUUCAUGUGCUCCGAGACUUUGGGUGACAUACCCAAGGUCACAUAGCUUCUAGGCAAGGAGAGAAGGUGCCUGAGUCUAGUUUCUCAAUGUGUAUUUCCCGUUACACGUGACUUUGUACAGAGAUAGUUAAGCCAUAUUCAUAGGACAGCUCUUAAAAACAGCAGCAGCACAUUUGGUUGUACAUUGGCAUGAUUGCCAUUGCCCUUGAACCUUAGAGAGCAGGGCAGUGACAUAAGAAAUGCUCAAAUAGAAGGCAAAGCUAAAACAGACCAUAGUAUUUGCACUAUAAAUUGAAAUUCAUAAUUAUUAAGUAAUCAAAUGACCGGAAGAGUGUUAGGGCUCAGAGAGUAUAACAUGCCUAAUAUUAAUAUGAAUGUAAAGUAACUGGGUGGAUUCUUAAAUUCUGCAUGUUAGGAGGUGUUUAUGAUGGUCUAAUAAAGCUCUAACGUUCUUUGUGGUUCUUUUCCAUCUCUUAUGCUACUGAGCACAAAAGCUAUGUUGUGUGCAGAAUGACUGGCUUUAUCCCUAAUAGAAAGAAGUUAUGUUUGGUAUCUAAAGAACAAUGAAGUUUGCUGCUUGGCUGACCAAUGCUGGAUCAAGUUCACAUUCCCCGGCUCCUGCUCUCCCACCUCCACACACAGGGGUGGAAGCAGAGGGAAGGGAAGGAGGACAGAUCCUUUUUCCACAGAGAGAGAGAGAGAUGUGAGCUAGGGCUUUCCUAAUAUGGACACAGCCGGGCCUGUGUAGCAUUAACAUUGAUUUAAUCCACGGCUGGAGGAAACAUCCUACAAAGAGUAAAGAGAUUAGCAGCCAAUUAAUUCUGGCCCUUCCCAUUGUUUUCCUGGAACUCUUCUUGUAUGGAUCUAAAUGUUUGGUGAGCAAACAUUCUGGAAAAUAGCUCUUUCUCAUAUAUUAUUUUAUUUGGGAUGGCAACUCCCCGCCCCCCCCCCACCCCGAUUAUGAUAAACUUUCCUUACUGUGUGUGUGUGUGUGUGUGUGUGUGUGUGAUCUUACUUCUUAACAGAGGUAGGAUGAUUCAGGCCCGUUCCUCUUGUUUGCAAAUUGUGACUUCAUUGGGUUCCUUUGUGAGGCCAGAUGAUAGGCAGCCUAGUCUGAGUGCCAAGAUUUUUAAAAAUAGACAUGAUGGAAAAAGAAAAACAGACAUGCCAGGGGCCACAGACUCCCAAUGCCUAGCCUCCUUUAAAGGCACCGUGGAGCAGGGACAUUCCAUGUCACCCACUCCAUCUUAGGGAAUAACCAAAGGGACCUAGACAUGAGCGUUUGCUUUUCAAACUAGUGAAAUGUUAACAUAUAUGUUUUGUGUUUUUAAUUAGUAACUAAUAUUUUUUUAAGGCAUUUUGCCACAGUGAUUUUCCUAUAGCAUCAAUGUAGUGUCUGUCUUUUCUAAAUAAAGAAGCCCAUUUGGUUAGAGCAUUGUGCCCAAGACUCAAGGAAGUCAACCCAUUGCUUCCUGUGUGGAACAGUAGCUUUUGCAUGUGGCAGAGGGUCUUUUCUGUUGGUACACACUGUCCCCUAAUCCAAGUCAGCCAUCUUCCAGAAGCAAAAUGACUGUUUCCAGGGAAUGGGUGGCAGCCAUUGACAUAAUUAGAACAUUGUCAACAGGGGAUGAAUGGGGAAUACCACCUCAUGUAUAUAGCCUUCCAGCUCAGCACUACAAUCUGGUGACCUGAAGACAAGGAUCUAUGGUCUGUUCACUCAGGAUUCAGAAUUGCAUUAACCGUGAACCUGGAAAAAACUCUAAAAAAGUCAAAUAUCCAUCCAUUCUUGCCUCCCUUCUGGGUUAGUGUUGAGAUCUUUCACUUCUUUUUAGUUCUUUUGUGUGUAUGCUUAAUUGCUCUUGCCCAGAAGUUAAUCCCUAAGUGUAAGCUAUAGGAAAUGCUAUCUUGGGUCAGCCCGACAGCCCAUCUGCCCAGCACUGUGUCUGCCAUCUGCCCAAAGGGACUUAUCGUAAUAGAACAUAAUGGGUGGUAGUCCUCUGUGGCAUUGACCUUAAAAUUUAGAUGUCUCCCAAACAUCUGGAAUUUCUUCAUAGUAACCAGUUAGAGAUGGGUCAUCAUUAAAAUGAUCUAAACCAGUCUGCACAUUGGAAUCACUAGGGGGUCGGGAGGGGACCUUAAAAAUGACUGACUCCUGGGUCCCAAGCUCAGCACUGUGAAUGUAAGUGGCCUGAGUGCCACCUGGGCAUUAGGAUUGGUGCACCUCCUAGGUGAUUUUCAUAGCAGGCAGGGUGGGAAGCACUGAUCUAAAGCCACCCUGUAGUUUUAUAUUUCACCUGUGAAACUCUGAGGUUCCGGUGUGCAUGCAUGUGAAGCUCCUGUGGAGAAGUGCAGUCGUACCGGUGCUGAGGGCAUAUACUAGUAUCUCUUUCCUCAAAUGGCUCUGUCCAUAGACUUUUACGGGGUGGGAUUAUAUUUUACAGGCUGUGUUUUGCUCUGAGGUUGAGCUGAUCCACAUUAUAAGCAAAUAUUUGAAGUGAGGCGGUGUGCUGGAUGUUCCCUAAGCUCUAGUGCUGGAGUAGGAAGAGCACUGCAUUUCCAGCUGGGGCUCGAAGCUCCACAGUACGGAGCACCGAAGGUACUGAAAUUCCCUGAGAUCAGUGUCUUCGUCCUGAAGAUGAGACUGUGAGGAGCAAGACGCACUUUGUAAACUGCUGAGUCCUGUACAAACUGGCCACUCUGGUUUUUCCUCCCAGUGCUGAGGUUCCCUGGCACACGCAGCCCUUCAGGACUCGUCUGUCUUCAGGUCACUUCCCUCCAGCUUCUAGUGACGUUGUGUUCCAGUAGUCUAGAAUUUUAUAAAUAACAGCUGCCUCCUACUGUAAGCACACCACAGGUGUCAUUUGAUCUUCACAACUCUGUGAGAAAGAGCUUAGAGAGAGCUUACAGCUAAUGUGGCAGAGCCUGGAUUCAAACCCAGCCAGGCUGUCGCACGCUGCUUACACCAUGCCGCUUUCCUGCCUAGUCCACCAUGUCCUGAGGACCCCCCCGGGAUGAUGUCUGUUCAUCGUUGUGUUCACCAAGUCUGGGGCUCUGUUUUGUAGGAGGCACUCAACAUGUUUGUUAAGUGAAUAACCUAGCCAUAUGUCCAAUUCACAUUCUUCUUCCUGCAAUCGAAGCCCAUUUCCUCUGGUUUUGAUAUCAAAAGAGAUAAAAUACUUGGUUGGUUAACAUUUUUAUAUCAGUCCUGUGUGAUGUUCGUAUAGUGUUAUAUUUAUUUUUGGUUUCAUCUUUUAACAGUUCUUCUCCUUGAUUUUUAUAAUUAGGUAUAAGCAUACUUGCUUACCUUCUACUCUGCACUUCUAAGUAUUGUUAUCGGGCAGAAAUACUCAAACCAUAAAACUUUUCCAGACCCCCUCCUCCCCCCAAAAAAGAAAAAGAAAAUUACAGAAAAAAGAAAUAAACCCAUAAUAUUUUAUUUAUUCAUAUUCCUCCUGUCCAAAACAGAGUUAAGGCAGCUUCCAAAGCAAAAUAUGGCAUGAUAAAAAUAAAUUAAGAAAAAUGAAGCAACGUGAAAAUAAUGGUAGGAAAAGAAGAUGAGGCCAGGAAUUAAAUUAGCAUACAAUAUGCAUCCCCUGAAGUUCCUCUACUUGGCUUAGAGGAGGGUCACAGAGCUUUCUAGAAGAGGGAAAAGGGAUCAAUUUGCAGUGUUCAUGAGAUGAAACAAGCCAGUUGCCUAAGUCCGACUCUUCUUGAUGUUGAUACCCAGGAGAAGUUUUCCUGCGGGUCCUCACAGAAAAUUACUAUUUAAUGUAAUAAACAACGCUCUAAAACCGUCCUUACAGUAAACAUUGUGAUGGAUUUUAUGGGGCUGUUUCUUAUAAUGCACCUCAAUAAAGGUUGAUGGCUUCUUACCAGAACAUAAUGCACUAACAGGAAUUUCACA